AGUAAAAGUGAACAAUGUUUCGAAAGACUUAUUUUCACUAUAUAACUGUUAAAACUAUAUGUACUUACCAAUCUUGAACAAUCCACAUAAAAUCAAGUAUCAGGUGGAUUGUUAAGAUUAAUUUCAUGUUAGUUGUGAGCAGCUGUGUGAACUGUGUGGAUCUAUAAAUUUUGUAUUUAUUUUUACCAUAGGCAACUAAAAAUAUGUACGUAUGUUCGGUUAUCAACAAAUAUACAUCAAGAUAUUUUACCAAGUGAAAGGAGGUCUUCAAUUCGGGCAAGCCCCAUUAUCAGAACAUUAUAAACCAUCGAGGGAUCCCUUACCUCGGAAGCACUUUAUGUGGGAUCUUAUCAGAUGAGUACAACAAUAAUUAGGGAUGAUACAAUGGACAAGUUUAAUAACCGUUUCAUAACAAGGUGUGCUGAUUACGGUUUCUGGUGAACAAAGGAAUUCCCAAAUCAAAGGUUAGAAUGGCGGGCUUAUUCUUUGGCAACCGAAAAUUUAUCCGACGGUGGCCAAUCCUCAUAAUUCUCUGUGUAGCACUCCUGCUAAUUUGGAGGAACUUGCAUCAGGCUCAGAAGAUUGCGGAAAUCGGUGGGCACAAUUCGGUCGAAUCUUUAACUAACGACACGUGUCAAAAAAGAUUUCUGGAGAAUGAAGAGCCAAAUAAGAUUACCCUACGAAAGGACUCACCGCGCACCAGGGAACUGCGUGAAUUGCUUAAGUGCCGGAACCGACAGCUCCGUUUCCAGAAACUCCAGCACGGGGAGUACUGGUUGCUCCAGAAUCUAGUGAUUGGCCGAAAGAGUCGGCUAGUUGGCUGCGCAGAAUCGGUGACGUACACCACAAACGGGGACUAUACGUUCUUCGAUAAUCUUGAAACAGUAGCCACACGUUGGCGUGCUCCUGUGAGCUUCGCCAUUCAUACACCCGGAUAUGAUCUGAACGCCACAAUGGAUGCGAUUCGGUAUGUGCGAAACUGUUUGCCGGGCAGCGAGAUCAUCAAGGACUGGGUCACCUUCCACGUGUACUUCUCCAACCGGCACAUGCCAGGUUUUGUACCCUAUGACGAGGCCGAGGCGUUAUGCCAGCCCGCCAUAUGCUCCCUGGCCAAUGGAACCCUGGUUCCGCCGCCCUACACCCAAAUCCCCCGCAACGAAAGCUACAAGGCGGUGGCCAACCUCACCUAUCCCAUAAAUGUCGGCAGGAAUAUAGCCAGACUGGCGGCCAACACCCACUUCAUCUUCGCCUGCGACAUCGAACUAUAUCCCAGUCUGGGUUUCGUAGAUCAGUUCCUGAACAUGGUGGCCAAGAAUCACAGUGUCCUAGCCCUGGACCCCAAACAGCCGAGAAGGGUAUAUCCUCUACCGGUCUUCGAGAUCGAGACUGGAGUCCAAAUUCCCGCCAACAAGUCCGAACUUUUGGCCCUCUAUCGAAAAAAACAGGCACAAAUAUUCCAUUUAAAGGUCUGCCCCACAUGCCACAUCAUUCCAGGCCAGGAGGCUUGGUUCAAUCAAAGUUCUAGUGAAAAAGAUCAUGAGCUUACUCUGUUCAGCAAGACUCUGCGCAAAAACAAAUUCAAAGCUUGGGAGCCGUUCUACGUAAGCGAUAACACUGAACCACUUUUCGAUGAGAGGGUUACCUGGGAGGGACAGUCCAACAAGCGCAUACAGAAUUUUGCCAUGUGCCUGUUGGGGUACGAAUACCACGUCUUAGAUCCGGCAUUUUUGGUGCACAGUCCCGGCAUUAAGGAAUUCAGCAAGAAGGAUUCGUCUCGUCUUCAAUACGCAAAGGAAAUGACGAAAUUCAUCAAAACCACAAUCGAACCCGAAUAUCGAGUGUUGUUUGGACAAAACAAGGCCUGCAGGACGUGACAUAUGGGGUCAUUUAGCUUAUAAAUGAAAUAUAUUCGACCUCUUAAUGGUUGAUAUUUGGUUACAUUAUUAUAUAGUUAUAAAAUGUUGAUGAUGCUAGGUGUCCUUUAGUUCUUAG